GGUGGCCGUCGACCAGACCUUAAUUCAUAUUUCUAACUGUUAACUGAGGGAUUUACUGGUAAUAGGUACGUAAAAUAGGUCUUGGCAGAGGGAGUUUUUAAAGCUAGCUAAGAGAUGUUGGCAAAACUCUUGGUUCUACGGCCAAGGAGGAGUCGUCGUUCUUACGGCAUGAGGAACUGUAGCAGUGUCGCUAGCCUUGACAUUCAGGAAGUCGUGCUUAAGGGUGCAAAAUCGACGGAGAUCAUGUCUGAAGGAAUGAAUGAUCUGCUGAAUCAACUUCAAAUGGUGCAGCAAAUGAUUGAUAUAUCUGCCUCCAAGCUCAAUAGUCUACGCAAUGAGGGAGCCACCGACACCAACCUUAUUCAGCAAGAAAUACGGACUGUUGAGGGGAAAUUAGUAAAGCUGUUCUCACGAAUGUUGGUAGCUAAACAAACUAUAAAGAAAGAUGGCGUUAAUUUACAAGAAGUAAAGAAGUAUCCAAGCUUAGUACAGUGGCUACAAGUCGUAGGAAUCAACCGAAAUGCCAUAGAGCAACUUACGAAGAAAUGUGGCUCAGUAGAAGGAUUGUUGUCCCUUGCAAGUGAUAAAGUGAAUAGUAUACUUGAUGGAUACAUUACGGGAGAAGACGAAAGCAGAAGACUGCUGUCAGCUUUGCAGCAUCUCCAUGCUUAUACAGAAAGACAAAAACAAGGACACAAAGACAGUACAUCGGAUAUCUACUGGGAUUCAUGGGAAACAGGGAAAAACAAAGUAACCUCUACAUCAGCACGGUCAUCACGCUCAUCAGCAACAUUCGAAUCUGAUGAUGCCUUACCACCAUCGCCGCCAAGCUCAGAUGCAGAUACUGAUGCAUCAAGACUCUCAGCCAGUGAUAUAUCUGAUGUUGCCCCUAGUCCCAAACAUCAAUCCAGACCUAAAGUCCCUAUCAUAUUCCAAAGUCAUGCUUCAAGCCCGCUGAAGAGAAGCAAAUCAGAUGAAGUCAACAUUGAUAACAAGGUUUUCAUCGACAAAGGCAGUUCAACAGUAGGCAAAUGCCGAGGCAAAAAGUUGUCACCUGUAGUCCCCCUGUCAAUAGAAAUACCAAAGAGUGUUAGUGGUGAUCAGCUGUCACUACAGUCAGACUCUGACUCAGAAAAUCAAAGGAGUUCUUGUUCCUAUGGAUCAAGUUCUCCCAAGACUCCCACAAGACAUGUCAUGGGACACAAGAUAAAACACAUAUUUUCUCAGAAAAAGUUCAUGGUGAGUCGGUCUUGUGAUUAUUGUCACAAGCUCUUGCUGAGUGGAGUGAAGUGCAAAGCCUGCAAAUAUAAAUGUCACAAAAAAUGUGCUAAACUGGCACCUCCGUCGUGUGGGUUACCCAAGGAUUUCCAGGACUACUUCAUUCAAACUAUUCGGCGAGGCUUCGAAUACCGUUCGCUACCAAUCAUCAAGUCCCAGUUCAAGAGAACCAACUCGGAGCCAUCAUGUAUCGCGCAUCAGGUCGGAGAAAUGGUCCGAGGCAAUCAGAACCGAAUCCAGAACCGAAGCUAUGGAGAUCUAUACAGCGUGGACAAUAAACAGGGCGGCCAUUACAACAAUAAUUACAACCACGCUCAUGAUCAUGGUAGCGUUGAUUCGGGAUCUACGUCAUCAGCGUCAUCGCCUCCUUCGUCUCCUGUUUGGUCCACAGGGGGGAGGGCUGAGUACACGCCCAACCCUCCAUCCCCCUCUGAGGAAUUGGAUGGUUUUCCGAGUCAAUUGAACUUUUGUUAUCCAAAUAGAUGCGGCAUCGUCACGUGCAUUCGGCAAGGCCUACAUGUUGUUGGAUCUACACACUCGAGGCAGUCUGAUGUCAGAAUGGGUGGUGCCAUUUGAAGAGCUGGAAAUUUAUAACGAGCUUGGGUCUGGGCGCUUUGGUAAAGUGUAUCGUGGUAAAUGGCAUGGUGAAGUAGCGAUAAAGAUGAUCGAGAUUGAUAAUCCUACCGAGGAGCAGCUCAAUGCAUUUAAAUUUCAGGUUACAACAUUUCGCAAGACUCGUCAUGACAACACUGUACUUUUCAUGGGUGCCUGUAUGGAUCCUCCUAAAUUAGCUAUUAUUACCAGCCUUUGUCGAGGUAACUCUCUCUACACGCAUGUGCAUAUCAGGAAGGAUAAUUUUCCUCUCACUAAGAUUGCUCAAAUCACGACACAGAUUGCUCAGGGAAUGGGGUACCUUCAUGCCAGAGGAAUCGUUCACACCGACCUGCGAUCCAAAAACGUGUUUUUAGAAUUGAACAGCAAAGCGGUGAUAACAGAUUUUGGUUUGUACAGCGUCGCGGGAUUAACUGUCAAGUCUGCAAGGCCCAACURCCUAAUGGUUCCUCGUGGGUGGCUCUAUUAUUUGGCGCCAGAAAUCAUGCGAACAUUGAAUACUACACAAGAUGCGCCUGAUCUUAAUACCUUUACAUUCAAGUCGGAUGUCUAUGCAUUUGGGACCGUUUGGUAUGAAAUGUGUGCCGGUGCCUGGCCGUGGAAGAAACUGUUUCCAGAAACGAUUAUUUACCAAGUUGGUAAAGGCUGCAAGCCAUCGCUCAACUCUUUUGAUCUUCCCUCAGAGGUUAAGGAAGCGCUUAUCGUAUGCUGGGCUUACGUUCCAAAUUCACGACCUUCGUUUAGUGAAAUCCUCAAACUAAUAGAACGUUUACCGAAGAAACAUCGCCUACAUAGAUGUCCUUCGCAACCUUGUACAGUAGUAAGACCUUCAGAAGCUCUUAUCUGAUUUGCGCCUUUGAUGUAGAAAACAAUGCUGAUAUUGAACCAAUAUAUUUUAUUUAAUUUGUCUAAGGUAAUCUUAUGCUAUAUCGAGGUUUUUAUAGCUCUAACCCGCAACUCUAUCAUUGCUGUACCUCGUUAAUGCCGUAUACUCAUUGUCAUAAUUUCGCGACGUAACUGCCGGAUUGUGCAGGUCGCGUAUUUCUAAAAAAUGGGUGCGAUAAACAAGUAAAUUAAUCUCGAGGUUCGAACAAACCAUUUACUUCUUGUUUUGAGGGGUGACUCUCGUGAUAAGCAAGUUAAAGAGACAAGUGGAAGACUUAAUUAGAUUUCUUACCAUGAGGAAAGAAUUUUCAUUCUGUUCUAUUCGAGCAGCGAGUCARCUUGUCCCAUAGACUUGCUAUCUAUGCCUUUUUACUCGUAGGUUUUCAAGUGGUACAAUUUGUAGAAUUUAUUUCAGAGAGCCCUUAGGAACUGGCCAUAAAUUACGUACCAGAGAAGGGUGGGUGAGGAGAUUCUUUGUCAUAAAGCAUGAAAAUCUUGAAGGCCUUAUAUACUUUCUUAGCAUGGUUGUUAAAUAUGCUGAUAGCAAACCAAGAGUUCCAUAGUCUGAUCCCCAGUUGUUUGGUCUUUACACUAGCCCGUGUAGCUUUAAAAACCCUUUAAACAAACCUCUGAUGGAAAAAGAAGGGUAAAAGGCGCACUGUUGACUACUUUGAAGAUCACUUCCCGGUGAAGGGGCUUCYGAUGUUAAGUCUGUUGUUUCUACUUUGCAUAAAGUGGGAAGCAAGUGAGGGUGGUGUAGUAGUAUUACUAGCCUCCGACCUCUGGGGUCUCGGGUUUGAUUCCUGGACUUGGUUUCACGUGUGAAUAGAGUUUGUUAGGUCUUCAUUGAUUCGAGGGUUUUUCUACGGGCUCUUCAGUUUUCCUCCCUCAAAUUCCGCUAAAUUGUAAUUCGAUAUCUGAGUCAGCCGUGCUCUGACUUUGAUCAUUCGUUUCACCAGAUCACUCGUCGUUCAUCAGGUCGUUUCACUGAUAUUUUUUAUUCACUUUCUACCCUGACUUCAAAAGGCCAAUUUUCCACUCACUGCUCCAUCUCCUUCGUCAUUUACGGUCAGUUCCUGAGAGCAAACUUCAAAAAGUUAAUUUCUUAAAAUAAUUUAAACAGCUUUGGUAAUUAGGAAUAUAAAGAGGAUCAAGCAAUGUUGUUUUUACAUCAAAUCCCAUUCAAUACAAUGGGGCAUAAAUUUAUAAAAUUGGAAUCAUUCUAAAUUACUUCGUGGGUGACGUAUACAAUUUUCACUUACGUCUCGUUAUCAUUUUUAUUUUUCCAGACAAAACGUUUUUAAAACAUACUAACUUAUGAUGUAAAUAUAUAUGUAUAUGUUUGCAUGUAUAUAGGUGAAGCUUAGAGUAUGCACAGAUUUAGUGGUCCUUAUUUAGGUUUUAGUCCAAGUCAAUACACGAUUUUUUAAAUAAGUUUUAGACCAGCUGUUUUCUAAAAUAUCGAUGUCCAGACAAUUUUUAUAAUAGAAAACAGCGAGAGACUACUUUGGUGCACGAUAUGCUUUGGUUUACAACCCAUUUUCUCGAUAAAUGAUAGCUUCAAUUUCAAAAUCAAGGAGAUAAAUUAAAUCCAUCCUAGCUAACAAGUCACCAAGUAUCUUCUGAACGACACAUUUUUUAAUUGUGCAAAAUAUUUUAUGGAAAGGUAAAAAGGGAAAUUGGAAAUUAUCAUGUUGUCAAAAAAUGCAUUUCACUGGGAAUUGCUAGGCAGUUUGCUAUCAAACUGGGGCGUGGUCAAGGUGGUCAGGGGUGUAGGCGUUACCGAUAAAUUCCUUAGAUCAGAUUGGUURGGAUUGGCUGUUGUAGAAAGAUCAGCCUUAGUUAAAAUCGGUGUUUAGGCCAAGGAAUUAUUUUUUAGAUUUUACACCAAAGUCAUAUACCACCUCGCCAGACCCCCCGAACCCCAUGAAAACUGAUAUCCCUUUUGCAUUCUGAUCAAAAGAGAUAUCAGUAUUUUAAUAUUACUAUUUGAAAUCUUUCAUAUUAUUAUUCUUAGUGAUCGUAUUAAUUUAAUAUCAUUUUUGCACUUUCCUACAGCUUGAAGUCGUGAUUCAAAAAUGUAAUGACCUCACUGAGUAAUCAAAAGGCUAUAAAUUGUAAAUAAUUCAUUUCAAUUUUAUACUUAAUAGUU